AGAGAGGCAAAGAAACAUUGGGAAAUCUCCAACUGUUAACCUUCAACAUGAAAGUCUCUGCAGUGCUUCUGUGCCUGCUGCUCAUAACAGCAGCUUUCAACCCCCAGGGACUUGCUCAGCCAGAUGCACUCAACGUCCUAUCCACUUGCUGCUUCACAUUUAGCAGUAAGAAGAUCUCCUUGCAGAGGCUGAAGAGCUAUCUGAUCACCACCAGCAGGUGUCCCCAGAAGGCUGUCAUCUUCAGAACCAAACUGGGCAAGGAGAUCUGUGCUGACCCAAAGGAGAAGUGGGUCCAGAAUUAUAUGAAACACCUGGGCCAGAAAGCUCACACCCUGAAGACUUGAACUCUGCUACCCCCACUGAAAUCAAGCUGGAGUAUGUGAAAUGACUUUUCCAUUCUCCUCUGGCCUCCUCUUCUAUGCUUUGGAAUAUUUCUACCAUAAUUUUCAAAUAGGAUGCAUUCUGUUUUGUGAUUCAAAAUGUACUAUGUGUUAAGUAAUAUUGGCUAUUAUUUGACUUGU